AUGAUGGUGAGACGCGGCGGACGGUAUACCGUCAGCUGGCGAGGCUUCAGGGAUUACACGGCGAAUAAGGCACCUGAUGACGAGAAGGAAGAGCCGAAACCGGAAGAGGAUCUUUCAAAUCAUGAAGUCAUAUUCUUGAGAGGUAUUGUCGAGAGCCCCGAUUUUGCGCGGAAGUGUGAGUCGAUCGAUUCCGAGGAGGACUUAAUUGUGAAGCCCGUAUCCUUGGAUAAUGUAAACAUAAUACGGUCACUAAGCGAGUAUCGAGGCAAUAAUAUUCGGACAAUCGAACAAGCUGAACUCGCUAUAUUAUUGUCCAGAGUUCACUUUAAGGCACUUAUAGAUGCCCACGAUCAAAUAGGGAAAAUUUGGCUAGAGCGAGGCUCAGGUGUUGAUGAAAAAUUAGAGGUAAAAGAAGCCUGUAAAGAUACUGCAGAAGCGCUUGAUUCAAGUCCAGAUCAGAACGGAGACAUGCCAGUUGAGACAGUUAAAGUUGUUGGCCUUAGGAAGGUGCCGGGUCAACCAUUAGGGUUGACUGUUACCACAGAUGAGCAUGGACAGUUAAUAGUAGCCAGAAUAAUGGCUGGAAGCGCAGCUGCUAAACAAGCCCUACUUAGUGUUGGUGAUGUCUUACUAGAAGUGGACGGAGUACAAGUUGAUUCUGAGGACCAGCUUAAAGAAGCUGUUUCAAAGCCUAAUGAUAGGGUCACCUUGAAAGUUGGACCCAAUCUUAAGGAAAAAAGUGCUCAAUUGACUAAUAAACUAAGCUGUUAUGUGAGGGCACUAUUCGACUACAGCCCAGCAGAAGAUACACUCAUUCCAUGUAAAGAAAUAGGAUUAGAAUUUAAGAAGGGAGACAUUUUACAAAUAUCAGAUAGAAAAGACCCAAACUGGUGGCAAGCAAGUCACGUUGAGAAACCUGAUGUCGUCGGCUUAAUACCUUCACCAGAGCUUGAAGAGAGACGAAAAGCAUAUGUGCCACCAGAAGCAGAUUUUGUGCAUAAAAUUAGCAUAUGCGGAGCCCGGAUAUCAAGAAAGAAAAAGAAAUUUGUCUACGAAUCCCGCUCUAGUGUUCAACUGGAAGGUGCUGAGCUGGCGCUAUAUGAAGAAGUCGCUCGUACACCCCCCUUUUUGCGAAGAGUACUAGCACUAGUGGGGACGCGCGGAGUUGGCCGACGUACUCUCAAAAAUAAGAUGAUCCAAGAACACCCGGACAGAUUUGGUGCUGUUAUACCCCACACUUCUCGUCCCCCUCGACCUCUCGAAGAAAGCGGUGCUUCAUACUGGUUCGUAUCGCGGGAGGAGAUGGAGAGGGACGCUCACGCUGGUCGCUUCCUGGAGUAUGGAGAACACAAUGGUCACUUGUAUGGAACUCACUUGGAUUCAAUACGCGCUGUUAUCAAGGAAGGCAAGAUGGUGAUACUGGACUGUGCACCGCAGUCGUUAAAGCUUCUACACAAUAGCAGCGAAUUCUUACCGUUUGUGGUAAUGAUUGGUUCGCCUGGUAUAGAUCAACUUAGGAACCUUACAUACGCCUCAAAUCGAAAUCUUACAUUCGACCGGCAGAGCUCCAUACGGUACAGUUCGCGGCGCGCGCGCACCCUCGAAUCUUUAGCAUCGCUCUAUGAGGAAGAGGACCUCAAACAAACGCUUGAAGAAAGCGCUCGCAUACAAAGACAGUACGAAAAAUACAUCGAUCUAGAGAUAAUCAACACGAACAAUGAUACCACUUAUUCUAAAAUCAUGGACGCCCUACAUUCACUCUCUACCGAUCACCAAUGGGUACCAGUGAGUUGGAUUUACUAG